GAGAGAGACUGGCAACACGAGAACAAAGUGCUCACGGAAAAGGUGUGAUUGCACAAGAGUGGUGAGGUUUCUUCCGAGCAUGCCACUGGCACAACAGCAUCCCAGGGCCACUGUGCCCACAGCAGUCUGGAUCCUUGCUUUUGCUCUGUUCCUUGCUAUCCAGGGCGCCGCUCAUGCUGCUCCAUCAGGGGACAACAAGCUGGUUCGUACCACCAGAGUGAGGCGACAGACCCCGGGGAGGGAUCAGCCCCCCUCCGAUUCCUCAGCCAACGAGAGCCUGCGGGAGCAACCCGUGGUCUUUAACCACGUCUACAACAUCAAUGUACCCUUGGAGUCUUUGUGCUCCGUUGACCUGGACGCCUCCGCACCACCUGCCCCAGGGGAUGGUUCUCGUGCUGAGUUGGGGUCCAGACCUUCUGUGGAGGGACCGAUGGAUCCCAGUCGACCAACAGAAUACACGGAGCAGACGCUGGAUGCAGACAGCCAGGUAACAUUCACUCACCGUAUCAACAUCCCAAAAGCUGCAUGCGGCUGUCCGGCAACAACCACCAUCCAGCAACUUGCCACCAGGGUGGAGAUGCUGGAGAGAGAAGUUUCCGUGCUCAGAGCUCAGUGUGGGUCUGGAUGCUGUGGGGAGAGCUCAGCCAUGGGUCAUUUGGACUUUGUCCCAGGCUGCAGCGGCCAUGGCAGCUUCAGCUUUGACCUUUGUGGCUGCAUCUGCGAGGAAGGUUGGGCUGGCAAAAACUGCUCCGAUCCCCGGUGCCCGGACGACUGCUCCGGCCAGGGCGUGUGCGUGGAAGGGGAGUGUGUGUGUGACCGCGACUUUGGAGGCGACAACUGCUCAGAGCCGCGAUGCCCCUCAGACUGCUCGGGCCGCGGGCUCUGUAUCGACGGAGAGUGUGUGUGCGAAGAGUCCUUCACCGGGGAAGACUGCAUGGUCGGGAGGUGUCUCAACGACUGCUCGGACCAGGGACUGUGCAUCAACGGGACGUGCCACUGCAGGCCCGGCUACGUGGGGGAGGACUGUUCGCUGGUCUACUGUGCCAACAACUGCAGCAAGAAGGGAGUCUGCAAGGAGGGAUUCUGUGUCUGCCAGGAUGGCUUCGCAGGAGAUGACUGCAACUCUGUGGCACCGGCCAUGAAUGUGAAGAUACGAGGCGUGACUGAUCGCACAGUUGAAGUGGAGUGGGAGGGGUCUGUUGUGCUGACAGACAUCCUAGUGACCUACACACCGAGCAGCCCUGGAGGUGUGCAACUAGAGAUAAGGAUUCCAGGAAAUACCACCACCUGUAUUAUCUCAGGCCUGGAGGCCGGCAUGGAGUACAACAUCAACGUGUUCGCUGUCAUUAACAACAGCAUCAGCGUCCCCGCCAGCAUCACCGUUUCGACCUAUCUCUCCAAUCCGGAUGGUUUAGUCUUCAAAUUCAUCACAGAGACGUCAGUGGAGGUCCAGUGGUUGCCCUUCUACUAUUCCUUCGAUGGAUGGGAGAUCAGCUUCAUCCCCAAGGACAACGACGGUGGGAUGACUGCACAGCUGCCCAGCACCAUCACUUCCUUUGUCCAGACUGGUUUGAGACCAGGGGAGGAGUAUACUGUUAACCUAGUGGCGCUGCGAGACCAGGGUCGAAGCCAGCCAGUCACUGCUACCGUCAUAACAUUGAUCGAUGGCCCCACUCAGCUCAUUGUGCGUGAUGUGUCGGACACCGUGGCCUUUGUAGAGUGGACACCACCAAAAGCAAAGAUUGAUCAGGUUGUGUUACGUUACGGCCUAGUGGGAGGAGAGGGCCCCCGGACCACCUUCCGCCUCCAGCCCACACUCAGCCAGUACUCCCUGCAGGUUCUGCGUCCCGGCUCACGUUACGAGGUGUCCGUGAGUGGAGUCAGAAAAGGAAAUGAGAGCGGCUCUAUUUCCACUGAAUUUACUACGGAGAUCGAUGCCCCCAAGAACCUGCGGCUCGUGUCCAAGACCUCCACCACCCUGGAGCUGGAAUGGGACAACAGUGAGGCGGAGGUGGAGGGCUACCAGGUGGUGUACAGCACGCUAGCAGGAGACCAGUAUGAUAAAGUCAAUGUGCCGCGCAAUGAGGGAGCCACCACGAAGACCUCGCUCACAGACCUGCUGCCAGGCACAGAGUACGGGAUCGGCAUUUCUGCCAUGAAAGGUAGCAACCAGAGUACGCCGGCAACAAUGAACGCCAGGACCGGUCUGGAUGUGCCCAUGGAUCUAACUGUGACGGCGUCGACCGACAACACCAUCACCCUGGUGUGGGGCGUGGUCCAGGGCCCCAUCGACCAUUACAAGGUCAUCUACACGUCCUCCUCUGGCGUCACUGCUGAGCUGAAUGUGCCUAAAGAUGUAACCACCACCACUCUGAUCGACCUGGAGCCCGGGACUGAGUACACCAUCACUGUGGCAGCAAGAAGAGGAAGGCAGCAGAGCACUGCAGCUACCAUAGACGCGUUCACAGGCAUGGACCCACCAAAAGAGGUGACGGUGUCAGAUGUGACCGAAGACGCAGUAACUAUCUUUUGGAUCCAACCGCUGGCUCCAUUUGAAUACUAUAAGCUGUCCUACCAAUCAGACAGAGGGCGUGUGGACAGCGUGGUGAUUGACAGCGAUGUGACCAACUACACCUUGUCCAGCCUGUUUCCUGCUACAGAAUACGAGAUUAGCCUCAACGCUGUCAGAGGGAGUCAGGAGAGCAAAGUGGUCAUCACCUCCGUCUUCACAGCGAUGGACAUGCCAGCUGAAUUGACAGCUCUCAACAUCACUCCACAAGGAACCCUGCUGAGGUGGAACCCACCUGUUUCCAUUGUGGACAACUACGUGCUGACCCUCACAUACAACCAGGUGACAGCUGAUACUUUCCUUGUGGAGGGAAAUAAGCAGGAGCACCAGCUGUCCAACCUUAAGCCAAGCACCACCUACUCUGUAGCCCUCUACGCCACCAAAGGACCCCUGACCAGCGGCACCGUCAUCACCAACCUCCAAACACCCAUGGACGCACCCCUGAACCUGACAGCCAGUGAAGUGAAUCACCGCAGUGCGCUCAUCUCCUGGCAACCGCCAAUCGCAGAAAUUGACAACUACAUGCUGACCUACAAGUCAACCGACGGCAGCCGUAAAGAGCUGAUCCUGGAUGCAGAGGACACAUGGAUUCGACUGGAGGGACUGGCAGAGACCACAGAGUACACUGUCAAGCUCCAGGCUGCAAGAGGACUUGACACCAGCGCUGUAGUCUCCACUACCUUCACUACAGGGAGUCGUCUGUUUGCGACGCCUCAGAAUUGUGCCCAACACCUGCUGAACGGAGAGACGCUGAGCGGCGUCUACACCAUUUACAUCAACAGGGACCCGAGCCAGGGUGUGCAGGUGUAUUGUGACAUGACCACUGAUGAGGGAGGCUGGAUUGUAUUUCAGCGUCGUCAGAACGGACUCACAGACUUUUCCAGGAAGUGGAGUGACUACCGGGUCGGCUUUGGGAACCUGGAGGAUGAAUUCUGGCUUGGUCUCGACAACAUCCAGAAGAUUGCUGCCCAGGGCCGUUAUGAGCUCAGAAUUGAUAUGAAGGACGGACAAGAGUCAGUCUUUGCCAAUUAUGACAAAUUCUCCAUUGGAGAUGCACGAAAUCUCUACAAGCUCAGGAUAGGAGAGUACAACGGCACCGCUGGUGACUCUCUGAGCUACCACCAGGGACGGCCCUUCUCUACAAAAGACCGAGACAACGACAUCGCCGUCACUAACUGUGCCUCGUCUUACAAAGGAGCGUGGUGGUACAAGAACUGCCACCGGGCAAACCUCAACGGCAAAUACGGAGAGUCCAGACACAGUCAGGGAAUUAACUGGUACCACUGGAAAGGCCACGAAUUCUCUAUUCCUUUUGUGGAGAUGAAGAUGAGGCCAUUCAACUUCCGUAGCAUCAGCAGCAAGAGGAGGCGGUCUGCCCCUGUAUAAACAAACCGCCUGCACGCAGGCCAGAGUUCUGGAUAAAUGGAGUUCGGACUAUGUUUACAGAUGUUUCUGCUAUCUGUGUGCACCACUGACGUGCUCUUUAAUGCCGUUUAGUGAUGACAAAAAGCUACUAAUGUUUCAUUAAUAUUCAGUUGUAAAAAAAAAAAGAAAUAGAAGCAAAUAUCAUUAUUAUUAAUGUACUACCAUCACACAGAAACUGGAAUAACCAUUGAUGUGAUCAUGAAAUAUGAGAGAGGGCGAAACAAUAUCCGAACUCUGUUUAUCACUGCUCCAGCCCAGCUUUAGCUAUCUUUUCCUGCUGUACGUCUACCCAGAUGAUAGAGGACACUGUAUGUAAUUUAUGAAAUACUUUGAAUGACAAUGGUUCUAUUUGCUGUAAAAAAAAAAAAAAAAAAAAAAAGAAAAAGGAAAGGCAAACUAAGAAGCUUUUUCUUUUCUUUAAGUCUGUGAUUUGCCUACCUAGGAUGCAAGGACAUGUGCUCAGAAAUGCCCUCAAGACUGCGAAAGCUAACAUUAUUUUAACCAUUUUGAAGAAGAAAAAAAACACUUUUAACGAACAAUAUACUGUAAAUGCCCUUAAAACCCUUAACUGUAAGAUAUAUAUAUAUUUUUAUAGCUGAUAUUGUGACAACAAAAAAAAAUCAUCUAUUUAAUAUGAUUUGAUGCAUUGGUGUUUAAGCCUAUAUUAAGUUAAUGUAAUCAUUAAAAAAACAUGACAAAUACUGGACAUUAGAGAAAAAAAUAAUAUUAAAAAACUAAACUGAACGUCCUGAAUUAACAUUCAACAAGCAGUGCACCAGCAACAGUUUCAUUACCAUCUAUUUUGUUUGCUUUAUUUCUCUCUGUCUGUGUUACUGUUGAAUACAGUAUCCUUUGUGUUAAGUUUUAAUGCAGAAUGAAUAUUCAUUAUUAAACUCUAUAAUUAUUGGUAGUGGGAACACAGCAAAGCUAUUCUUGUGCACUCAAUUAAAUUAUUUAUUUAGUCAUUCAUGGGGAUUUAGAUAUUAUUUCCUCGAAUUUAAUAUCUGUGUCCCCUGUUGCAGAUGCUGAGAUUGCUUGCAGAGAUGGUGCAGAUAGAUGGAACAGUUGAAGCUGAGGGACAGUUUAAUUUUGGCAUUACUGGGAAAAAAUUCUCUGAUAACCUUUCAGCAUAGUGUAAUAGGAAGUUUUCUGAAAAAAAGUGAAGGAAAAAGAAAACAGCCCAUGAAUAGCUGCAACUCGAUAGGAGUUCCGGUCCUAUUUUCCUUUGCAACCUUUCGGGCCUGUGAAGCCCUUUGAGAUGACUUGCUGUGAUUUGAGACUCCACAGAGCUACAAUAUCAGCAACGCGUUUCAGAGAUGACAAUGUUGCUAAUAGCUAUGCUAACCAUAGCCGUGAAGCUAACCAAACUAUUAGCAAUGUGUUCUCUCUCUAUUUUAGAAACGCUUCCCUGAUAUUGUCUCUUUUUGAAUAGUCCGUCUUCCUUCUUUUGGCCGGUUGCUUUGUCGUGUGGGUUGUUGCCAAAGUUUGAAGAGCCUUUUGCUGCAGGAUAUUCCACUUUUGAAUCCGGCGUGAAAGGGACGUGCACCAAUCGGAUACACCCUCUAUCUGAAACCUGAGAUCUCUGAUUGGUCAAAGUCUCCCAGUAUGGGCUAGACUUUCUGAAGCCUGAAAACAGAGUCGGGAGGAGGUGCAGAAGUUGAGUUUUCUCUCGGACGACUUAAACUAAAAUAUACUGAAAGGUUAUUAUGGAAUUCUUUGCCAAUGAUCCCAAAAAUAUAUUGCAUACCCUAGCUUUAACCAAAGCUCUGCAUAAUAAAGACUCUGCCUGCUGUUUGGAAGGAUGCCAGUUUGUUUUGUCACCAAAGUCACAGAAGCAGCUUUUUCCUGUAUUAAUAGAUUCUCACUUUUCAGGGACUUUUAUGUUAUUCGUGUCCCUUGGCGUUAUUUUAUGCAAUGUGAACACUGCCUUCUAUGCAAAAGAAAGUCAGGGUGGCCAUCGUGCAUAGGUUUCAGACCGGCCUCUCCAGUACUGCCAGCUGAAAUGAAGUAUACAAAGAAAGCAGAACAGCGCGUGGAGUGGAGCCAAGUUUUUCUUCUGUGACCUUCUUUUACUCGCGUCGCUAUUUAAGCCCCAGUGAAACAACAAAAUCAGCAAAUAUGGCAGAGACUGCAUUCUUUUAGUCGGGUGGGCGUAAUCUGCAGCAUGCCCAGCAUUUGGUUUCAUUCAGUGUUCACAUUGUCACACAAAGCGUUCAAUGCCAGUGCAUUGAGUUUGUUUCUCCCUCUGUUAAAGGAACAUGUUUAAAGACCAACCUUGUAUAACGCGUAAAGUCUCUUCUCUAACUUCAUACGGUCAAUAAUUAAGAAAAUGUGUGGUCCAAUCCUUGGAAAUCAAUGUCACCAUCACUGCAAGCAACACGUGGUCUUAUAUAUAUGUUAAAUAAUCCACAUAUUAACAACUGGAAAUCUCAUUCUUAAGUCUAUUUCUUCUUUUCAGUUAUGUUAUUGAAGCAAACCAGAAAAUCUGGCUUGCAUCCUGUGUAUAUUUUUAAUUUCUUUUUUGGUGACUUUCCCCUCUAUUAACUACUAAUAUACUCACAUAGAUAUAGAGUUGAAGAUACUGUGACUUCAUCCUUAGAUGCAAACUAAUUCAGAUUGCCUUCUGAAACAUUUCCCUUUUAACUGCUGUACUUUUAACCAUUGUUAUGUUGAAGGGGAAUGGCGCCCACUGCAUGUUGACUGAAGUGCAAUCGAGUCUGAAAGUAAAUAACAAAUGUCAUCGGAAUAUGUUUGGUCGUGACAUGUUUCUUUGCUGAUCUAGGUAAAAGGUUCUCUUGAAAUAGUUUGUAAGGUAGAAGAUGUAGAUAUAGAUUCAUCAGGCCUCGAAAAUGUUGUGCAAACCGUAAAAUGUCUCACAAGGGCAAACUAAAACCAACAUAACCUAAAAUAUAAUCUAUAAGAAAACGGUUUCAACAGGUGACCUUUCCCUGGUCUGAUUUAUGGUUCACUGUCAAAGUGACAGUUUCAGAUCCUCUCAUGCAAUCCAUCUCCCACAGUGAUUUAUAGUAGAAUAGGGAAUUCUCCAAGUACUUAUUUCAUUAACUAUUUAGAUGAAGUUUGCAUUUUUGUACAAUGGACAAAGGUCACGAAGCUUUGCAGAAAAGGAACAUAAUGUUAUUUGUAUUGUAAGGGAUUUUAUCUAAUGGCAAACUAUAAGAUGUUCUUAUUAUAAUUUCUUUUACUUUUUUUCUCCUUCAUUUAAUCAUUCAUCAACAAACGAAAAUUGUUUAGGUCGGGUUGCAUUAAUUUGGAAAUGUUUUAUUAUUUUUCCAUUUGUUUAAAAAAAUAACCCCAACACGCCUGGAAUGACAUUGUCAAAAGAGCCUGAAUUGUUCUUUGUUAUGAUGAUGUCUGUCCCACAACAUCAACCAAGUCAUUUGUUUUCCUCAUUGCAAGCCAACUAAUUCUUAAUUAAAAAUAUUUUUUAAAGGGAUGGAUUGAAAAGAGAAUCUCCAUCUUUUUAAAUUAAAACUUAGCCCGUCACUGGAAUACACUCACACCGUGUCACUAUUUGAUUUUACUGAGCUUCGAACAGGAAACCUGUAAAUCUUAUUGAUUAUUCAACUUCUAUUUAUUUUCCAAUUACUCUGACUGAUGCAUCAUUGUGACAAAAUACAAUCAGUGACACAUGGUCCUUUACGAUAUCGAACUGAAAAUGCUUUAUUUCAUAGUCUUACUUUUACAUGUGAGUUAACUGAUACAACCACCUGUAUGGUGAUAUACAGUAUGUUAUGUAAGCCAGACACUAAAACUGCAUUGAUUUGAAAUCUUGCCAUGAAAUAUAAAUGUUGACAAAAUCUUGACUGUUUGAGAAGCUCAUUAUGCUGAAACUAAGGAUUUAUUGUUGGAUAACCUUGGAUAUUAUUGUCAAAUGUAGCUCUAGUUUGACUUAAACAUGUAUGAUAUAGUUCCUUUUUUAAUACAUUUUCUACAUAUUAAUAAAAUAUUCAAAUCGUCUGA